AUGUGUUCCACAAACCCAGGCAACUGGGUCACAUUUGAUGAUGACCCUGCUUUUCAGUCUUCUCAAAAGUCAAAGAAUUUACCUCUGGAGAAUCAAGGCAUUUGUAGGCCCAAUGGACUUAAGCUGAACCUUUCUGGUGCUAAGGAAUUUCCCAGUGGAUCUUCCUCUGCCAACAGUACGCCUCUCUCCUCUCCCAUCAUAGACUUUUACUUUAGUCCAGGACCUCCAAGUAACUCUCCUCUUUCUACACCUACCAAGGACUUCCCAGGUUUUCCUGGCAUCCCCAAAGCAGGGACUCAUAUGCUUUAUCCUAUCCCAGAAUCAUCCUCAAACAGUCCACUAACAACAUCAGGAGGAGGCUCUUCCUUAUUGCCUACUAAAUCAACUUGUUUAUCCCACACUUCCUUACCCAGUGAGCACGCAUGUACACAUCCUGCUCCCAAAGUGGGUCUUCCAGAUGAAGUUAGCCCUCCCCAGGCCGAAAGCCUAGGGUUUCAAAGUGAUACUCCCCAGUUUCAGUAUUUUCGGGAGGACUGUGCUUUUUCAAGUCCAUUUUGGAAAGACGAAGGCAGUGUUUCCCAGUUUGCCUUUGACCCUCCAGGAAGCAGAAAGAUGUACGCAUCAAGAGACAAAGACAUGCCUGUCGAUCAAAAAAGCUUAAAUCAGUGUUCACUCAACUACAUCUGUGAGAAACUUGAACAUCUCCAAUCAGCUGAGAACCAAGACUCCUGUGGAAACUUGUCUAUGCAGUGUCAGUAUGCUGAAGACACUGCCUCUUCCUUUGUCCCCCACACACUCUUCAGGAGUCAGCCCAAACCUGGAUGGUCUUUCAUGUUGAGGAUUCCUGAGAAGAAGAACAUGAUGUCUUCCCGUCAGUGGGGACCAAUUUUUCUAAAAGUCUUACCUGGUGGAAUUUUGCAAAUGUAUUAUGAGAAGGGCUUAGAAAAACCAUUUAAGGAGUUACAGCUUGAUUUGCACUGCAGGCUUUCUGAACCCAAAGUUGAGAACUUUAGUGUGGCAGGAAAAAUCCAUACUGUGAAGAUUGAACAUGUGUCUUACACAGAAAAAAGGAAAUACCACUCUAAGACAGAAGUCGUUCAUGAACCAGACAUCGACCAGAUGCUGAAGUUAGGGUCCACAGAGUACCACGAUUUCCUCGACUUCCUGACUACUGUGGAGGAGGAGCUGACGAAGCUGCCAGCUGUUUCGAAACCAAAAAAGAUCUAUGAGGAACAAGAAAUUUCCCUGGAAAUUGUGGACAAUUUUUGGGGUAAAAUCACAAAAGAAGAAGGAAAAUUGGUUGAAAGUGCUGUCAUAACUCAAAUCUGUUGCCUCUGCUUUGUGAAUGGAAACACGGAAUGCUUUUUAACCUUGAAUGACCUUGAGCUGCAGAAGCGAAAUGAACGCUAUUUUGAAAAAGACCCAGAAAAGAAGGGGAUUGAUAUUCUUGACCAUCAUUUUCAUAAGUGUGUGAAAGCACAAGAAUUCGAGCAAUCAAGAAUCAUUAAGUUUGUCCCGCUGGAUGCCUGCCGGUUUGAGCUGAUGCGUUUUAAGACUUUGUAUGGUGGGGAGGAUCUUCCCUUUACCCUCAAGUCUGUCGUGGUUGUCCAGGGGGCAUACGUGGAGCUUCAGGCCUUUGUCAACAUGACCCCAUUGACUCAGAGACCAUCCUGUGCCAGUUCCUUGAGGUCCUGUGACAACAUAAUGAUACACUUUCCUGUCCCAUCACAGUGGAUCAAGGCCCUCUGGACCAUGAACCUCCAGAGGCAGAAGUCCCUGAAAGCCAAAAUGAACCGCCGGGCGUGUCUGGGGAGUUUACACGAACCUGAAUCUGAACCUGUUAUACAGGUCACUGUGGGCUCCGCAAAAUAUGAGAGUGCCUACCGGGCCGUGGUAUGGAAGAUUGACCGGCUUCCCGAUAAAAAUUCAAGUCCUGAUCAUCCCCACUGCCUGUCUUACAAACUAGAACUUGGAUCAGACCAAGAAAUUCCCUCUGAUUGGUAUCCAUUUGCAACUGUUCAGUUCGGAAUGCUUGACACCUGUGCCUCGAAGACAGAGGUCAGGUCUCUGGGGGUAGAGAGUGAUGUCCAGCCACAGAAACACGUUCAUCAGCGAGCUUGCUACAACAUUCAGGUCGAAAUAGAAAAGAAGAGGAUUAAAAUCGAUGGAGAAGACCCAGAUAAAGCUGGUGACUGUAUAACUCAGUAG